UCGUCUCCGACCAAUUCCCCCCCCCCCCCCCCCAACGAGUUCCGGCUGCGCCAUGGACAACGCCGCCCCGAACCCUUCCGCCGCUGCGGCAGGGAACGGCGUCCAAGCGUCGGGGGCCGGCGUGGAGGGGCCCGGGGACGCGUCGAAGCAGAACCUGGCGCAGGUGACGAGCUCGAUCCAGAAGACGCUGGGCCUGCUCCACCAGCUCAACCUCACCGUUUCCUCCUUCAACUCCGCCUCCCAGCUCCCCCUGCUCCAACGCCUGAACGCGCUCGUGGCGGAGCUCGACACGAUGCAGAAGCUCGCCGAGGGGUGCAACAUCCAGGUGCCAAUGGAGGUCGUCAAUUUGAUUGAUGACGGGAAGAACCCCGACGAGUUCACGAGGGACGUGCUCAACAGCUGCAUCGCCAAAAACCAGAUCACCAAGGGCAAGACCGACGCUUUCAAGAGCCUACGGAAGCAUCUUCUUGAGGAGCUUGAACAAGCUUUCCCUGAGGACGUAGAAGCAUACAGGGAGAUACGUGCCACUGCUGCUGCUGAGUCAAAGCGAUUGGCUCAGUCCCAGAGUACAUUGCCUAAUGGAGAUGCCAAAGUGAAAGCUGAGCACUGAGAGAAGGAUACAGCUGCGAAGGGCGAGUUUUCUAGUUUCUAUUUAAUUUGGGGAUGGCUUUGUUAAGCAACAACAUGUGUUCCUUUCUGUAGUUCUGUGCACUCUCCCUUCGUAUGAUUGAUCAGUGAAUCUGUGCAGAGUAUCAUAACAUGUGUGGCAUAAUAUAUUCAACUUACCCAAGCACUGGUAUUAAUUA